AUGGCUAUAUCAAUAGAUAAAUGUAAUUGUCAAUGCUCAAAAUGCACAUGUAACGAAUUAUUAAAUAAUUUAACCAAUGGCAACUUUUCUGAAAAAGAAAAAGCUCCUCAAUUAAAACCAGCAACUUGUUGUUCACCAUCAUCAGUAUCAUCAUCCUCAUCGUCACUCUUGGGAAAUGGUGCAAAUCCUUUGUCACCAUGCCAAUGCUCAAAGGGUUCUUGCUAUCAAGUAUUAAGAUUAAUUGAUCACAAGUUCUUUAGAUUCUUUGUCCCACAACUAAAUGAUGAAUCUCAAAUACCAUUUGUUGAAAAUUCAAUUUCACAACUAGAUAAUGUUUUAUCAGUUAAAGCUGAUCACCUUAGCAACACUGUCCAAGUCGAAUGUAAUGCAGAUGGAUAUCUAUUUAAGCUUUUAAAUUGUUUUAAACAAUUAAAUUUAAAUAUUCUCGCAAUUCAAACAAAAGAAUGUCCACAAACCACCAAUGAUGAAAUUAUUAAUGAUGAUACACCAUUAUUAAAUCAAAUUCAAUCACCAGUCUUCUCUAAUGAAACCAAUGAGUUUAAAGAGAGAUCUUUUGAAAUUGAUGGAAUGUUAUGCGAAUUGGGUUGUGCUAAUAUUAUCGAAGCAACAUUAUUGUCAAAUAAGAAUGUUAAAAGUCUCGAAAUUGACUUUAAUAAUAGAGUCUUAAAGAUAUCUGGUGAUCUUACCGAUAGACAAAUUAGAAAAACCAUCGAAAGAUUAGGUUUCAAAUGUAAAAGAAUUAAACAGGUAAAGCAAACUUCAUUAAAAGAAGAGAUUUUAGCUGUUAAGCAAUUACCCCCAAUUUCAUCAAACAGUGACCCAACUAUUAUUGAAAUGGAAGAUAAUGCCAGUGGUAUCAAUAGUAGUGUUGCAAAUGAUGAUUAUAAAGCUUUACAAUCAUCAUCAUCAUCGGCUUCAAAUAAAAAUGAAAUUGAAAUGAUGGAUAUCAAAUGCGAAAACCCACCAAGUUCCGUCGAAAAAGUUUCAAUUGGUGUAUAUGGUAUGACCUGUGCUUCUUGUGUUGGUAUGGUCGAGCAUAGUAUCAAGAGUGUUUCUGGUGUUUUGGAAUGUAAUGUUAAUUUAUUAGCAGAAAGGGCAGAGAUUACUUUUCAUCCAGAGGUUGCUCAAGUUAAAGAUAUUCAAGAGUCAAUCGAAAUAUUGGGUUUUGAAACUAAAUUAAUUCAAGAGUCAAAGCCGGGUUUAUUCUUUGUUAAAAUAAAAGAAUCAUCACAAUUAAGUCAAGUUCAAAUCGAAAAUAUUUUAAAUGAUUUAUCAAUAAUGAAUGGUAUAUUUGAAGUUUCAAAAGAGCAAGAGGGUGAAGAGUCAACUGCUUCCAAAACCAAAAAACAAUCCACAUCAUCAAAAGAUCUCAUUAUCAAGAUUGAAGGUGACUCACUAUUAAUUGGUCCACGUAUUGUAAUCAAGUUUAUAAAAACCAAAUACAAUAUAGAGUCGGAAUUACAUAAUCCAGAUAGUUCAGAUGCAAAAGAUUCUUUAUUAAGAAAAAGAGAGAUCGCAAAAUGGAGAAGAAUAUUUUUAAUUGAUAUUGCUUUUACAGGUCCAUUAAUUAUUAUUGCAAUGAUAUUGGUACCAAUUAAAUCAAUUACAUUCCUUCAUAAAGAGAUUACAGGUGGUUUCCCAGUAGAAGCAUUAAUUGGUUUUAUUUUAGCUACUCCAGUACAGAUAAUUGGUGGUUAUCCAUUUUACAGAGCUGCUUGGGCUGCAUUAAGAAAUUUACAUGGUAACAUGGAUUUAUUGGUCGCUGUAGGUAGUACUGCUGCUUAUGUUUAUUCAAUUAUUUCAAUUAUUCUCGGUAUCGUUAACCCAGAAUAUGAAGGAAUGCACUUUUUCGAAACCUCUGCUAGUUUAAUUACCUUUAUCACCUUAGGUAGAUGGUUAGAAAAUAUUGCUAAAGGCCAUACCUCAUCAGCUAUUGUUAAAUUAAUGAAUUUACAAGCUAAAGAAUCAACUCUUAUUACUUUUGUACCAGGUACUAACCAAAUCGAAUCCGAAGAAGUUAUCCCAUCCAAUCUUAUUCAAUAUGGUGAUCAUUUAAAGGUUGUUCCAGGUGCAUCAAUUCCAACUGAUGGUGUUGUUGUUUAUGGUAAUAGUAGUGUCGAUGAAAGUAUGUUAACUGGUGAAUCAAUCCCUGUUUCUAAAAAGGAAGGUGAUGCAGUUACUGGUGGAACUCUAAAUUUAGAGGGUGUAGUUUAUAUUUGUGCCAAUAAAGUUGGUUCAGAGUCUACUCUUUCACAAAUUAUUGGUUUAGUUCAACAAGCUCAAACAUCAAAAGCCCCAAUUCAAGCUUUAGCAGAUAAAAUUUCAAAAUUCUUUGUUCCAAUUAUCAUUUUAUUAGGUAUUAUUACUUUUGCAAUUUGGUUUGCAAUUACCCAAACCAAUGUAGUUUCCGAAAGUUGGAGACAUAACACUAGUCCAUUUUUAAUUUCUUUCCUCACUGCUAUUAGUGUUGUAGUUAUCGCAUGUCCAUGCGCUUUAGGUUUAGCCACACCAACAGCUGUUAUGGUUGGUACAGGUGUUGGUGCAAGUAUGGGUAUUUUAAUUAAAGGUGGUAAACCAUUAGAAACUGCUCAUAAAGCUACUGCUGUUCUAUUCGAUAAAACUGGUACAAUUACAACAGGUAAAAUGACAGUAACUGACUAUCGUAUCAAUACAAGUGAGGUUCAAUUAUUAUUAGAUGACCAAGUACCAGUUUCAAAUCAAAGUGAUCAUGCCGAUAAAUUCUUUUUCAAAAUUGUAGGUGCCUCCGAAAGCGGUUCAGAACAUCCAAUUGGUAGAGCAAUCGUUACUUAUUGUAGAAAUACUCUUUCAACAAAAGGUGCAGAAACAAACACAGGUGUCGAAAAUUACCAAUUCCCACCAAUUGAGCAAUUUAAAGCUAUCCCAGGUAGAGGUUUAAGUUGUAUUUUAGAUAACAAGAAUGUCAAUGUUGGUAAUCUUUCAUUUAUGAAAGAAAAUGAAAUUAAAGUUGACCCAGAUUUUAUUCAAUCUGCAGAACAAUGGGAAACCAAUGGUAAAACUGUUAUUUAUGUUUCUUUCGAUUCUAAAUUCAUUGGUAUCAUGUCAAUUUCAGAUAUUCCAAGAGAUGACUCAAAAUAUGCAAUUAAAAAGUUAACAUCAAUGGGUUUAAAGUGUUAUAUGGUAACUGGUGAUAAUAGAAGAGCUGCUAAAUACAUUGCAAAUCAAGUUGGUAUUCCUGAAGGUCAAAUCUUUUCUGAAGUUAUUCCAAAAGAAAAGUCAGAUAAAGUUAAAGAGCUUCAAGAUUCAGGAAAUGUAGUUUGUUUUGUUGGUGAUGGUGUAAAUGAUUCACCAGCAUUAUCUCAAGCCGAUGUCGGUAUUUCUGUUGCAACUGGUACUGAUAUUGCUAUUGAAUCAUCAUCAAUUGUUUUAUUAAAAAAUUCACUCACAGAUGUUUAUCGUUCCAUUCAUUUAUCAAGAGUUGUUUUCCGUAGAAUUAGAAUUAACUUUACAUUGGCUUUAAUAUAUAAUCUUUGUGCAGUACCAUUAGCCGCUGGUUUAUUCAGAGUAAUGUUUGGUGUCGCACUUCCACCAAUGGCAGCUGCCGCAGCAAUGGUAGUUUCCUCAUUAUCAGUUUUAUCAUCAUCAUUGUUAUUAAAACUUUAUAGAUCACCAAAAUAA